GCGGCGGCAGCGGCGGCGAACAUGUUUUCAAUGCGGAUAGUGACUGCCGAUUACUACAUGGCCAGCCCGCUGCAGGGGCUGGAUAUCUGCCAAUCUCCCUUCACCCAGGCACCCGUCAAGAAGGUGCCGGUGGUGCGAGUCUUCGGAGCGACCCCCGCAGGCCAGAAGACUUGUCUUCAUCUGCAUGGCAUCUUUCCUUACCUCUAUGUGCCAUAUGAUGGAUGUGGACAGCAGCCAGAAAGAUAUCUCCGUCAAAUGGCAGUCAGUAUAGACAGAGCACUUAAUGUGGCUUUAGGCAGCCCAUCUUCCACCGUUCAGCAUGUGUUCAAAGUGUCAUUAGUAUCUGGAAUGCCUUUUUAUGGUUAUCAUGAGAAGGAGAGACACUUUAUGAAGAUUUAUCUUUAUAAUCCUGCAAUGGUGAAAAGGAUAUGUGAACUUUUGCAAAGUGGAGCCAUAAUGAAUAAAUAUUACCAGCCUCAUGAAGCGCAUAUUCCCUACCUCCUCCAACUCUUCAUUGACUACAAUCUAUACGGAAUGAAUUUAAUUAACCUGGCUGCUGUCAGGUUCCGGAAAGUGAAAAGAAAAAGUGAUACAUUGCAUGGAAUUGGAUGUUACAAAGAUCAGUUACCAGGAAAUUCUCUUACUGGUACUCUGUUUCGUUGGGAAGAGGAUGAAAUACCAAGUUUUUUAAUUCUGGAAGGUGUUGAACCACAAAGUACCUGUGAAUUAGAAGUGGAUGCUGUAGCUGCUGAUAUUUUAAAUCGGCUGGAGAUUGAAGCUCAUAUUGAUGGGAACCCUGGUUUGCAAGCCAUAUGGGAAGAUGAAAAGCAACGCCGGAGAAACAGAAAUGAAUCCUCUCAAAUUAGCCAACCUGAAUCACAAGAUCGUGGAUGCAUUCCAGCAACAGAGAGUGAAAAAAUGUUUCAGAAGAGACUUCAGGAAGUUCUUAAGCAGAAUGAUUUCUCUGUAACAUUAUCAGGAUCUGUGGACUAUAGUAAUGGAUCCCAGGAGUUCUCUGCUGAGUUAACUUUACAUUCUGAAGUUCUGUCUACUGAAGCUGUUCCUUGUUCACCAGCCAACAUGGUAGAAGUCCAUCAAGAGAAAGAGCUGAACAAAGCAUGCUUAAGAAAGAAUAUUCUUAAAGAAGAAGAAGCACUUAUUAAUGAAGAAGCAAUUUUGAACCUCAUGGAAACAAGUCAGACUUUCCAGCCUCUGUCUCAAAGACUGAGUCAGUCUCCAAUUUUCAUGGGCAACGGUCCUGAUGAGUCUUUGGUGCAUCUUCUGGCUGGUUUAGAGAGUGAUGGAUAUCAAGGGAAAAGACAUGGCAUUUCAUCUUCACAUCCUUCCUUUGGAAGCUCUAGAAAUCCCCUGAACAGUGAUGAUGAAGAAAAUGAACCACAAAUAGAAAAAGAAGAAAUGGAGCUUAGUUUGCUGAUGUCCCAAAGGUGGGACAGCAAUAUUGAAGAGCAUAGUGCCGAAAAAAGAAUACCAUGCAGAAACAUCCAUAGAAGUUCAACUGAAGAGGAGGAUUCUUCUUCAGAGGAAGAAAUGGAAUGGAGUGGUAACAAUUUGCUUCUGGCUAAUCUUUCUAUACCUCAGUUAGACGGAACAGCAGAUGAAAACAGUGACAAUCCAUUGGAUAAUGAAAGUUCCCGAACUCACUCCUCUGUUAUUGCAACAAGCAAAAUGUCAGUUAAGACCUCCAUCUUUCACAAAGAUGCUGCUACAUUAGAACCCCCAUCUUCUGCUAAAAUUACCUUUCCAUGUAAACACACAAGUGCCCUUUCUUCCCAUGUUUUGAAUAAGGAGGAUUUAAUGGAAGACCUUUCACAGCCAAACAACAUAGAGACAGGACCUGACCACACAGUCCAUUCUCUUACAAAUGAAAGCACUUACUCCAUGAAGUACCCAGGAUCUUUAAGCAGUACUGUCCAUUCUGAAAACUCUCAUAAAGAAAGUAGUAAGAAAGAAAUCUUUGCAGUUUCUUCCUGUGAAAGUAGUAUAUUUGACUAUGAAGAAGAUAUUUCAUCUUUAAAUAGACAAAUACCAAGUAGAAAGUAUACCAGCAUUAGGAAGAUAGAAAAGGAUGCUUCUUUUAUGCAUGUGAGUCGCCACAUUAGUGAAAGUACGUUGGGAAAAAACUUCAACUUUUCUGAUUUGAGUCACUCAAAAAAUAAGCUGUCCUCUGAAGGAACUGAGAAAGGUAGCAGCACAGCUCUAAAUAAUUUUUUUCCUUCAUCAUUAACUGAAAAUUGUGAAUUAGUGUCUUGCUCAGGGGAGAGUAGAACUGUGGUGCAUUCUGUAGAAAGUGCCAAUAAUGAAGGUGGAAUCAAUAAACUUAAAAUUAGGUAUGAAGAAUUUCAAGAACAUAAGACUGAAAAACCAAGCCUCAGCCAGCAAGCAGCACAUUAUAUGUUUUUUCCAAGUGUUGUUCUUUCUAAUUGUCUUAGUAGGCCACAAAAACUAUCCCCUGUAACAUAUAAACUGCAACCUGGCAACAAACAGUCCCGGUUAAAGCUAAGUAAAAAGAAACUUAUAGAUCAUCAGGAGAAUUCUACCAGUAUCAGUGAUAUUGGGUCCACAAAGGAAGGUUGUUAUAUGCAGGGUAACUCUUGUAGUACUAAUUCUGAGAAAGAUGAUGCUCUAUCCAGUGAUGUAAUUAGAGUUGCUCAUGAAGCCUUUGAAAAUAAAACCCCUGCUGAUAGUUGUGUUGACUGUCACUUUGGAGAUGGAACUUUGGAAUCUGAGCAAUCUUUUGGACUUUUUGGAAAUAAAUACACACUUAGAGCCAAACGUAAAGUAAAUUAUGAGACUGAAGAUAGUGAGUCAAGCUUUGUCACACACAACUCAAAAAUUAGCCUACCUCAGUCCAUGGAGAUUGGUGAAAGUUUAGAUGGAUCACUGAAAUCUCGAAAGCGGAGGAAAAUGUCUAAAAAACUGCCACCUGUCAUUAUUAAGUAUAUCAUUAUUAAUAGAUUUAGAGGGAGAAAAAAUAUGCUUGUUAAGCUAGGAAAAAUAGAUUGUAAAGAGAAACAGGUAAUACUUACAGAGGAAAAAAUGGACCUGUAUAAAAAGCUUGCACCUUUGAAGGAUUUUUGGCCAAAAGUUCCUGACUCCCCUGCAACCAAAUACCCCAUUUAUCCAUUAACACCAAAGAAAAGUCAUAGAAGGAAAGCAAAACAUAAGUCAGCAAAGAAAAAAACUGGUAAACAACAGAAGACAAAUAAUAAAAAUAUCAAAAGAACGUUGUCUUUUAGGAAAAAACGGUCACAUACUAUUCUUUCUCCUCCCUCACCAUCUUAUAAUGCUGAAACUGAAGACUGUGACUUGAAUUACAGUGACGUUAUGUCUAAACUUGGUUUUCUUUCUGAGAGAAGCACAAGUCCCGUGAAUUCUUCUCCACCUCGCUGCUGGUCUCCCACAGAUCCAAGAGCUGAAGAAAUUAUAGCUGCUUCAGAUAAAGAAGCAUUGCUUUUUAAGGGUCCUAAUAUAUAUAACAGCAAGAUUAUUAAUUCCAGUGUGGGAAAAAAUAGUCGAACAAAAGCUCAGGUUAAGAGAUCAAAAACAAAACUUGUUAAUCCCUCUGUAGUUACUAAGAAAAGGAAUAAACGAACUCAAACUCGUAAGCCAGGAGAGGAUGGAAGGAAGAAACCUAGAGCGAAGCAGAAACAAAAAACAAGUGAUAAACGCAGCACCCCAAGAAAGCACAUAACAUUUAAAGAUGAAAAAAUAAACACACCAACUAGUGCUGAAGUUAAGUUUGUACUAAAACACCAGGAUCUCUCUGAGAUCUCAAGCAACUUUGGAGGUUCUGAGUCACUUCAUAAACAGAAAGAUGUAUCUGGGCCUGGCCCUGCUACCAUACAUCCCCUCUCAACUCCAUUCCCCUCAAUAGUUAAUGUACAACAGAAGUCACCAGGCUGUUUUCCUUCUUCCUUGGAAAAUAAGAAAUCCAUAGAUUUGCAAGCAUUUUCUUCUCUACAAGAUGAUUUAUGUUCAUCAGUAGUUUCUACACCUUUAGGUCCUGGAAAAGAAUUAUCAAAAAUUAAUGCUCAAAGGUCCCAUAAUCAAAGUGCUGUUUAUAGCAUAAAGGAGUCAACUUUGAUUCAAAGUAAUAUAUUUGACCUUUCCAACCAUUUUUCUCAGGUAGCACAGAAUACACAGUUAUCUUUGGGUAUGAUGUCUACAAAGACAGAAGAAAAUGCAAAUUCACACAAAAAAAUUUUGUCAUCUGUGACAAAAUUAAAUGAACAUCAUAGCUCCUUAGAUUCAAUAAAAUCAGAUCAGCUACAUGCCCCUGAUUUUUUGCAUUGCAAAGAUAGUCAACCGCACAUUGUUUGCAUGCCAGAACCAUCAAAGCACAGUGAUCCUUAUUCCCCUAUACAUAUAACCUCUGAAGAAAACCAUGGAUCUCUUCAGUUGCCUAAUAGCUGUUUUGUAACUUCCUUGAGAAGUCCAAUAAAACAAAUAGCAUGGGAGCAAAACCAGAGGGGAUUUAUUUUGGAUAUGUCCAGUUUCAAACCUGAAAGAGUAAAGCAACGAUCUCUGUCAGAAGCAAUUUCGCAAACCAAGGCGCUUUCUCAGUGUAAAAAUCGAAAUGUAUCAGCAGCUGCAUUUGGGGAAGGACAGUCUGGAUUAGCAGUUCUGAAAGAAUUACUCCAAAAAAGACAGCAGAAAGCACAAAAUGCACAUGUUAUGCAAGACCCAUUGUCAAGUAAACCUCAACUGAACAGAAGUGCUUCUUCUCUGGAGCCUAAUAAAGCAGCCAAAAGAUCACGAUCAGUAACAUCUCCAAGAAAACCUCGAACUCCAAGAACUACAAAACCUAAAGAAAAAAUCCCAAAACUUUUAAAAUUAGACUCUUUGAAUUUACAGAACACAGGUCAAAUAGACCAUUCAGUUUCUGAUGAUAGUCCCGUCUUUUUCUCAGAUCCAGGUUUUGAAAGUUGUUAUUCACUUGAAGAUAGCUUGUCACCUGAACAUAAUUAUAAUUUUGAUAUUAAUACCAUAGGGCAAACUGGAUUUUGCAGUUUCUAUUCAGGAAGUCAGUUUGUCCCAGCUGAUCAGAACUUGCCACAGAAGUUUUUAAGUGAUGCAGUUCAAGAUCUUUUUCCUACACAAACUACUGAAAACGAGUUUUUAAGUCAUGAUAAUGAAAACUGUGAUGAAAACAAGCAUCAUUCAGCUGACCCAACCUCGUGGAUUAGAUCUAGUGCUUUAAGUCCUGAACUUUUUGAUAAGCAACCUAUAGAAAACAAUGAGAAUCAUCGGCAUAAUCAGUGGAAAAACAGUUUACACCCUUCUCGAUCUAAUUCAAUAAUGGAUUCCUUCUCUGUCCAGCAGUCAGGUGACUGUGUAAAUGAGAAAUCCAUAUUGACUAGGAAUUCAGUAAGCAAAGAAGUGUUUCUUAGCCUUCCACAGCCAAGCGAUUCAGACUGGAUUCAAAGCCACACUAAAAAAGAAGUUUCUUUUGAAACAGGACAGUCUCUUGAUUCCAUCAAUACCUCUUUUACUGCAAUAUUAUCAUCUCCAGAUGGUGAACUUGUAGACGCAGCUUCAGAAGACUUAGAACUAUAUGUUUCAAGAAAUAAUGAGAUGUUAACACCAACUCCAGAUAGUUCACCAAGAUCUACCAGCUCUCCUUCACAAUCCAAAAAUGGUAAUUUCACACCUCGAACUGCUCAUAUUCUGAAACCACUUAUGUCCCCACCAAGUCGGGAAGAAAUUAUGGCAACUUUAUUAGAUCAUGACCUUGCAGAAACUACUUACCAAGAACCAUUUUGCAGUAAUCCUUCUGAUGCACCAGAAAAACCCAGGGAGAUUGGAGGACGACUUCUCAUGGUAGAAACCAGGCUUCCAAAUGAUCUGGCUGAAUUUGAAGGAGACUUUUCACUUGAAGGAUUGAGACUGUGGAAAACAGCUUUCUCAGCAAUGACUCAGAAUCCACGACCAGGAUCACCACCUCGUAAUGGUCAGACAGUGGCCAAUAAAGGAUCAAACAAUAGCCAUAAAACUAUAGAAGAUAAAAAAAUUGUGAUUAUGCCUUGUAAAUGUGCCCCAAGCCCCCAACUGGUUCAAACAUGGCUUCAAGCCAAAGAAGAGUAUGAACGUUCCAAGAAACUACCUAAAACUGAGCAAAUUGAAAUGGUAAAAAACACUGAAAAUUUAGGCUAUCCAGUUAACCAAGAUGACAGAUCUGUAGUGCCUCCCCAAAAUAAUAUUGUCUUACAUGUAGCCCCUUCUACAACAGAGAUUAAGGAAGACUUGUGUAAUUCUGAGCUUAGUACACAAGUCUCAGAGGUUAAUUCCAUGGAAUGUAGUAGAGCUACAGUUGAAAGUCAGACACUGCCACUUGUGGCUUCGUCAGGAGAGCCUGAAAAAGAUGAAGAUGAGGAUGAUGAUUAUUAUGUCAGUUAUAGUUCCCCAGAUUCUCCAGUACUUCCUCCCUGGCAACAAGCAGCAUCCCCAGAUUCCAAGCUGUUAGAUGUAGAUGACAAGUCCUGUAAGAUGCACAAUACAAACCCAUCACCAAAAGAACUGAGUUCCCUCCCUAUGGAAAACUUCCCAAAACCAGCUAAAAAUGGCAUACAGGAGAGCCCCCACAGUGAGGCCCAGGAGACUCAAACUAAGUCUCCCUGUCAAUUUAGAGCAAAAAAUGGAAAAUGUGAUUCAUAUUGCCUUCAUAGUACACCUAUCAUACAGAGAAGACGUCUCGAUAUGCUACCCGAAGCAACUGAUAUUAGUCCCUUAUCAAGAGAACUAAAAACACAGAAACUGACUCACAGGAAAGGAAGUAGUCCUGACUCUCUUAGAAGAGUUCUCUUAACAACGCAAGCUAAGAAUCAGUUUACAGCUGUAAAUGCCCCAAAGAAAGAAACUUCCCAGAUUGAAGGACCAUCUUUAAACAAUACUUAUGGUUUCAAAGUCAGCGUGCAAAACCUACAAGAGGCAAAAGCCUUACAUGAGAUCCAAAAUCUGACACUCAUCAGUGUAGAGUUGCAUGCUCGAACCAGACGAGACUUGGAGCCAGAUCCUGAAUUUGAUCCUAUAUGUGCUUUGUUCUACUCUAUCUCAUCGGAUACCGCACUACCAGACACGGAUAAAACAGAACUCACAGGUGUAAUUGUAAUUGAUAAAGACAGCACAAUCUCCAACCAAGGUAUCAGAAACCAGACUCCAUUACUUAUUCGUUCUGGAAUUACAAGAUUAGAAGUCACUUAUGCUGCUGAUGAAAAGGCACUUUUCCAAGAGAUAGUAAAUAUAAUUAAAAGGUAUGAUCCUGAUAUUCUGUUAGGAUAUGAAAUUCAGAUGCAUUCCUGGGGCUACCUCUUACAAAGGGCUGCUGCAUUAAGUGUUGACUUAUGUCAAAUGAUCUCCCGUGUUCCAGAUGACAAAAUAGAGAACAGAUUUACUGCCAAAAGAGAUGACUAUGGGUCAGAUACAAUGAGUGAGAUAAACAUUGUUGGGCGGAUCACACUAAAUCUUUGGAGAAUCAUGAGAAAUGAGGUGGCCCUAACCAACUAUACCUUUGAAAAUGUGAGUUUUCACAUUCUUCACCAACGUUUUCCUCUCUUCACAUUUCGGGUAUUGUCUGAUUGGUUUGAUAACAAGAUAGAUCUAUACAGAUGGAAAAUGGUUGAUCAUUAUGUUAGCCGUGUCCGUGGAAAUCUCCAGAUGUUAGAACAGCUGGAUCUGAUUGGGAAAACCAGUGAAAUGGCCAGGCUUUUUGGGAUUCAGUUCUUACAUGUUCUGACCAGGGGUUCACAGUACCGUGUAGAAUCAAUGAUGCUACGUAUUGCUAAACCAAUGAACUAUAUCCCUGUGACUCCCAGUGUUCAGCAGAGAGCCCAAAUGAGAGCUCCACAGUGUAUUCCCCUAAUAAUGGAACCGGAAUCUCGUUUCUACAGCAACUCUGUUCUUGUACUGGAUUUCCAGUCUUUAUAUCCUUCCAUUGUAAUUGCAUAUAACUACUGUUUUUCCACCUGUCUUGGACAUGUGGAAAACUUAGGAAAGUUUGAUGAAUUUAAAUUUGGCUGUACAUCUCUAAGAGUACCUCCAGAUUUACUUUACCAAAUUAGGCAUGAUAUCACAGUGUCACCAAAUGGAGUGGCUUUUGUCAAGCCUUCAGUCAGGAAAGGGGUACUGCCAAGAAUGCUGGAAGAAAUUUUAAAGACUAGGUUCAUGGUGAAGCAAUCUAUGAAAGCAUACAAGCAGGACAGAGCUCUUUCACGAAUGCUCAAUGCACGUCAGCUGGGACUCAAACUUAUAGCAAAUGUCACAUUUGGUUAUACAUCUGCUAACUAUUCUGGGAGAAUGCCAUGCAUGGAGGUUGGUGAUAGUAUUGUUCACAAAGCUAGAGAAACCUUGGAACGAGCUAUAAAACUGGUGAAUGAUACAAAGAAAUGGGGUGCAAGAGUUGUUUAUGGUGAUACUGACAGUAUGUUUGUCCUACUGAAAGGAGCCACUAAGGAGCAGUCUUUUAAAAUUGGUCAAGAGAUUGCUGAAGCUGUUACUGCUACCAACCCUAAACCAGUAAAAUUGAAGUUUGAGAAGGUAUAUUUGCCCUGUGUCUUGCAAACCAAAAAGAGGUAUGUGGGUUACAUGUAUGAAACACUGGAUCAAAAGGACCCUGUAUUUGAUGCAAAAGGAAUUGAGACAGUUAGAAGAGACUCCUGCCCUGCUGUUUCUAAGAUACUUGAGCGAUCUAUCAAGCUGCUAUUUGAAACAAGAGAUAUAAGUCAAAUUAAACAGUAUGUUCAGCGACAAUGUAUUAAGCUACUAGAAGGGAAGGCCAGCCUACAAGAUGUUAUCUUUGCAAAGGAAUAUAGAGGGAGUUCCUCUUACAAACCUGGAGCCUGCGUGCCAGCUCUUGAGCUUACAAGGAAAAUGCUUGCUUAUGAUCGACGCUCUGAACCACGAGUGGGAGAGCGAGUACCAUAUGUCAUCAUAUAUGGCCUACCAGGGAUACCUUUAAUCCAGUUGGUAAGGCGGCCAGUUGAGGUCCUACAAGACUCCAGCCUAAGGCUGAAUGCAACCUAUUAUAUUACAAAGCAGAUCCUUCCACCCCUGGCAAGAAUAUUCUCACUUAUUGGUAUUGAUGUCUUCAGUUGGUACCAUGAGUUACCAAGGAUCCAGAAAGUUACCACCUCCUCCUACAGUGAACAUGAAGGCAGAAAAGGCACCAUCUCACAAUAUUUCACUACCUUACACUGUCCUGUGUGUGAUGAAUUAACUCAGCAUGGCAUCUGUAGUAAAUGUAGGAGCCAACCACAGCAUGUGGCAGUGGUUCUCAACCAGGAAAUUCGAGAGUGGGAACGUCAACAAGAACAGCUGGUAAAGAUAUGCAAGAACUGUACAGGCUGCUGUGACCGACAGAUCCAGUGUGUUUCACUGAACUGCCCAGUACUUUUCAAACUCUCCAGAGUGAGUCGAGAAUUGUCCAAGGCCCCAUAUCUCCGCCAAUUGCUAGACCAAUUUUAAACAAUCAAUGUUACAGGAUUCCAGGUGCUAAUUUUUUCAUUGUUUACCACUGAGCUGUUGUGCAUGGUGCUUUUCCAACUUUCAUCAAGUCAAGGACUCGUCAUUGUCUGAAGAAUAUGAAGACCUUUAUGCUAAAGAUUAUACUUGUGAAUCUCUGAAUAGCUCAUUUCUUAAGAUAUAUAAAUUCCUCCUUUCAUGUUUUUAACAUUCUGUUUUAUAAUGCAGAUGUUGAAUUAGCUCCAGUAUGUAUGUGUAACAUCUUGUAAAUCCAUUGACUGUGUCAUGUUUACUUCCUUGUGAAAGGAGCACUGAAAACCUCUUACAGAAAAACCAUUAGUGUGUUUUCCUUGAACUGUCAGUAUCAAAACAUGUGUUGCCUAUAGAUAUGUUAUCCAUUCACUUUAUAAUUUUGACUGCGAAAUAUUUUGUAAAUACACUUUUUUACUUUUCAAACAACUGAGUAAAAUAAUGUGCAAUGAAUUUUAUACAGAUAAUUUUAAAGUUGUUUGGUAUAUUUCCUCUAGGUUUUGCUCGACUCAAAGUAGAUUUGUUAUUUUGAUCAAACUGUGCAAACAAUAGUACCAUGUGUAGCAUUUUGAAACAUUAUUUUCUAAAAAUCGCUGUCUUGCUUUAGCUAUUAAUGGGGCAUUGUGAGGAACUGUGCAAAGACAUUUUUGUUACAAACCUGUGGGCCUGUUGCAAUACUUUAAAUAUAAGAAAUUUUAUUCCAUUUUUGCUUGUUUUUGUAUAGACAUUUCUAUUGCUUCUAAAUAUGCUUAAAAUAUUUUCUUUCCUUAUGUACAGUUAAUCUUAUUUGCCAUCAUCUUGAACAUAAAAUGUGUAUUUAGAAUAUUUGUAUAACUGUAUAAAAUGAAAAAGGAAUUAUGUGGUCAGUGCAUUGUUUUCUAAACUGGAAAUCAUUUUGUUUUAAAAGUUAAUAAUGGAAACCAUAUUAAAAUUGAAUAAAAUAUGAAAA